AUGGAUCGACCCGGAUUCAUAAUCGAACCCACCGAAGCCAAAUCCAUGGCUGAAACUUCCUCUGUCACGGAACUGCUCCCUUCACUCAUCAACUCCGCCCAAACCCUCGCCCGCCCACCCAUCUCCAACUUCCGCGUCGCCGCUGUCGGACUAUCGAAAUCGGGUCGGAUCUUUAUCGGAGUCAACGUCGAAUUCCCAGGUCUCCCUCUUCAUCACUCCAUCCACGCCGAACAGUUUCUCCUCACAAAUCUCUCCCUCAACAAUGAGCCAAAUCUCCAGUCCUUCGCCGUCUCCGCCGCACCCUGCGGCCACUGCCGGCAAUUUCUCCAAGAACUCCGCGGAGCACCCGACAUUCAAAUCAUUAUAACCUCAGGACCCGACCCGAAACCCACUCCGCUGUCUCAGUUUCUCCCAUACAGAUUCGGUCCACACGAUCUUCUCCCUCAACAAACUCCUCUUUUCUUGGAACCACGCAACAACGGGUUAUCCCUUCAUUUUCCUCCAGAACCAACUCAGAAACUACCCAAUGGCGUUUGCAACGGUGAGACGCUAGAUAUGAAGCUAAAGAUUGCGGCUUUGGAGGCUGCGAAUAAAUCACACGCUCCUUACAGUGAUUCACCAUCUGGGGUGGCGAUUGUUGAUUGUAAUGGAAAAAUCUAUAAAGGUUCUUACGUUGAAUCGGCGGCGUUUAAUCCUAGUUUGGGUCCUCUUCAGGCUGCGGUGGUGGCGUUUAUUGCCGGCGGUGGAGGUGAGUACGAUGAGAUAGUGGGGGCUGUGUUGGUGGAGAAGGAUGGAGCUGUGGUGAAACAAGAGGGGACUGUUAGGUUGUUGAUGGAAGCUAUUUCUCCUAAGUGUGAGUUGCAGACUUUUCUCUGUUCCGUUGAUGAUCAUUCUUCGAUUUGA